AUGUCGACCGGUAAAGGAACUCACGACUGCUACGAGCAGUACGAACUCAAAAGCUACGAAAAGCUAUUCACGUGCGACGGCUGCAAAAUGAAAGGGUUCGGACAACGAUACCAAUGCCAACUCUGCGGGCACGAGCUCCACAAGGAGUGCAGGUACCCAAGGACAACGACCUCCCACGACUAUUUCCCGGGGUCAACUUUCGAGUUUCGCGAUAACCCCUUCACGAGUUUCAGUUACAAAAACAAUCGCAAGGAGUACUCGAAAAUCUGCGACGCUUGCGGUAAAGACAUAUGCGGGUUCAGCUACCACUGUGAAGCGGAUAACCUAGAUCUGCACCCGUGUUGCCUGAACCUGAAAAAAGACCUAACCGUCGACGAAGCGGUGUUCAGUCUUAGGGCAAAGGUUUCGUCGAAGUGCAUGUGGUGCAGGAAGAGAAAGAUCUCUGAUGGGAAACGAGAUGUUCCGGGAUGGUCGUACGUGUCUGCAUGCAAGAAAUACCACGUGCAUGUUUAUUGCAUGGCGGAAAUCGUGCAUGCGGCGUGUGUCGAGAAUGGGGAGAUGGGUUUGGAGAAAGUCGAUAUGUGGAAACUGGCUAGGGUUAGUGGAAACCGAGGGAGUCGAAGUGGUGGCGCCGUGUUCGGGACGAUUAAAUCGAUUCUGAAGAUUAUUUUGUCUGCUCUUUUGGGUGAUCCGACAAUGCUGAUAUCUAAUGUGUUCGUGGAGUUAGUUUCGCGUGGCUUUCAGUGA